AAUCUUCCCCAACGAGCGUCGGUGACUCAAUGCGAGUUAGCCUCGAGACAAAGAUUGAUAAAAAAAUAGCGUAAACGAUUUAUUUUAUUUAUUUAUAGCAACUAUUUUUCUUUUUUAAGAGACAAAAAUCUGAAAAGGGUGGGGGAGGGAGAUUUGGUAUAUAUGGCAUGCCCCAAUUCCUAAAAUGCAGACGUAAUCAGAGAGGGAAAUGGGAGAUUCAAGCGGUUCAGUUUCCAUUCACAUGGACACAAUCACGCUUGGUGGAAAGGUAAACUGCAUUUUGCAUACUUUUCGUUGUGGGUUACCUGUUUUGGAUUCGGAUGUUUUGUAUGGGGCGAACAUUGGCCUGUGGUUAAAUAAGAUAUUUGCUGUUUUCAAGGAUUAUUCUUCUUCCAGAAGCAUGCUCGUUGCUUUCUCCAGAACUUCUGUAUAUAUCACAUUAGUCCCUUGGGGCAUGAGGUUCACAUUGUUUCUUAUCUGUCACUUUCCUCAAGAGCCAUUGCAGUUGGGAGCUGCUGCCAUCAGGCCCAAUGACCCUUUACUCUCUGUUGAUAACUUAGCAGAUCAGAUCCUUGAGGUCCUUAACUUUUUUGGACUAGGUGCAGUCAUGUGUAUGGGUGUUACAGGAGGAGCUUACAUCCUCACGCUAUUUGCCAUGAAGUAUAGGCAGCGGGUUCUUGGUUUGAUACUUGUUUCUCCUUUGUGCAAAGCACCCUCUUGGACCGAAUGGCUGUAUAAUAAGGUAUUAUCACAUUUACUCUAUUACUAUGGCAUGUGUGGAGUCGUGAAGGAGUUGUUGCUUAAACGGUACUUCAGCAAGGAUGUCCAUGGUAAUGCUCAAGUACCAGAAUCUGAAAUAGUUCAGGCAUGCCGACGACUACUGGGUGAAAGACAGAGUGCAAAUGUUUGGCGGUAUAUUGAAGCAAUUAAUGGGAGGCCAGACCUUACUGAUGGAUUGAGGAAGCUGCAUUGUCGCUCGCUAAUAUUUGUGGGGGAGCACUCCCAGUUCCACUCUGAAGCUCUCCACAUGACAUCCAAAUUCGAUCGAAGAUAUAGUGCACUAGUUGAGGUUCAGGCAUGUGGCUCGACAGUGACAGAGGAGCAACCGCAUGCCAUGUUAAUACCUUUAGAGUACUUUCUUAUGGGAUAUGGCUUUUACAGACAAGCUCUUAGUGUGAGCCCGAGAAGUCCUUUGAGUCCAUCUUGCAUUUCCCCAGAGCUUCUCUCACCAGAAAGCAUGGGUUUGAAGUUAAAACCGAUCAAAACACGCAUUACCAUGAAAGUUUGAAAUAAGAUAAGAGAAGUAUGUGGAGAAUGCUUAGGGAAUAGAGAGGUUGUAAUAUGUUUACGAUUGAUUGAAGAUGAUAAAUUAAGUGUUGUAGAUAGAAAAAGCUUUGUUAGACAGAAGCCAGAUAAUUUCCAUUCUUUUAUUCAUAAUCACGAAUAGGUUGUUGAGGAGCGAUUGAGUUAUCUGUAAAUCCUCUGAAUAAUUAUGUACCAAAAAAAAAAAAAAAAAAACCAGCAAAUAAUACUUGUAACCAAGGAUGGCUCCUGUACUCAGCUUUAUCAUUUUAACUUCUAUGCUUGGCUUGCUUUUUAACUUCUAUGAAUUCUAUCUUCUUUCUCCCUUAA